UCCUAACGUCACCUGUGGUAAGUGAAGUGAAAGAGGAAACCAAAAUUGUACCGCGCAAAGUCACGAAACGGCAGACAAGAAAAAACAACCCCAGUUCGAAAAGCAUCCACCGAAGUUUCGUUGCCUGUAGGUUCGAGACAUGGACGAGUUGAAGGCUGCCAAGCUGAUCAAAGGGAAGAGACUGAAACUGAAAGAGUGGAUUGGCAGGGACCCCACGUACCUGCUCGACUACUUGGACUGCAAGGAGUUGAUCUCUCGCAACAUAUACAAGAGGGCCUGCGACAUGACGGUGAGAGUGGACUGUGCCAACUUUUUGAUCAACGAGUUCAUCGACAGGGACGAGUGCCUCAAGCUCUGGAGGGCUCUCGAAAACCUGCAGGAUGCCUACCCCCAGCUGACGGAGUGGAUCUCAGCCUGUGCGUCGACCACACGUCACGUUUGUGAAAAAGCUCCGGGACAUGACGUGAAUGUUCAACACAGCACCGCUCCUGGUGGCGAGGCGGCGGCGAAGGAGGAGGCCUUCAGGAGACUGAACGCGUGCUCGGACGAGCAACUGUUCGAUGGCAUACGGAAAAAUAUGACGGUGCUGGUCGAGGCUAUCCAGGGAGAUGUGCAGCCCGUGUUGAUGAAGCUGUUCGAGAAGGAGAUCCUCACACUCGCCGAGAUGAAUGCUGUCUCGACCACUCAAACAAAUAAAGGUGGCUUUGAAGCUGCAUCUCAACUGAUAACGAUGCUGUUCCAUAAGGGUGACAGUGUGGCCAGAGAAUUCUGGAUGGUGCUCUGGAAUUUGAAGACAAAGUAUCCGCAGAUGCACAAGAUCUUUGAGAAAGGACUCUGAUCAUCGAGCCCGCUGCUUGAUGUCUGCAAGACGCUUCCCGGGGAUGUUGCGGCACCAAAAUGUUCAAAUACAAAUUUAUGCUUGUUGUUGUUUGUUUAACCGGGUGUAAGCCACGUAAUGAUAGCAGCUCUGUGUCUCUAUGGGUCUCUGUGGGUCUCUGUAAGUCUCUAUGGGUCUAUAC